CGCUCGUGACAAUUGUAUAUGAACCGCACAUCAAUAUUUUUAUUUACAUUCGUCGGUAGUUUCUCAACGUGUUGACGAUAAAAAAAGGAAAUGUCAGAACGAAAACCAAAAGUAAUAGUAUUCGAUCUAGAUUACACUUUGUGGCCCUUUUGGGUGGACACUAACGUCACUCCUCCAUUUAAAAAAGUAGAAAAUAAUGCAGUUGUCGAUGAGCAAGGAAAAAAAAUUCAGUACUACAAGGAAGUACCUGAGAUACUUAAAAAACUUCAUGAUGAGGGAUUCGAUCUUGGAGUGGCAUCUCGAACCUCAGAGAUAAGAGGUGCCUUUCAACUAUUGAAUCUCUUCGGGUGGGAUCAGUACUUCAAGUACAAGGAAAUAUAUCCCGGAUGCAAAGUAUCUCAUUUCAACAAAAUUCGUGAAGCAUCUGGGGUAGAUUUCGAGGACAUGAUAUUUUUUGAUGACGAGGAUCGAAAUAUUCGCGAUUUAUCAGAGGUUGGAGUGCUAUCGAUUCUAGUAAAAAAUGGUGUGACAGAUGAGGUGGUAAGAGAGGGUCUAGAUAAAUUCGCCAAGAAGUAGAUAAUACAAGUAUUUAUUCCAAA